AUGCCUCUGGUUGACCUGGAACCUCCAGCCUUCUGCUUAGCAGCAGAUCCUGUUAACCUUUUGCAAUACCCAACGAUUCCUAAAGGGGAAGGGUACUACGUAGUUAAGGUGCUUCACAAUCAUCUUUUAAAAGAAACACCUGACACGCUCAGUGACCCCCAAACUGUUCCAGGGGAAGAAAGAGAAGCUAAAUUCUAUCGAUUUAUAGCUUGUUCCUUAUUGGCCUUAAAGGAAUUGCUUUGCCUCUUGCCUGAUAACGAACUUGAUUCUCUGGAGGAGAAAUUUAAGUUUCUUUUAUCACACAAUAAGUUUUGGAAGUAUGGAAAACACAGUAUAACUCAGAUCCGCUCAGCUUAUUUUGAAUUAGUUUCUGCUUUGUGCCAGCGAAUUCCACGGUUGAUGAAAGAUGAAGCAUCCAAAGUGAGCCCAUAUGUUCUGCUUAGCAUUGAUGAUAGUGACCCUGUUGUACGCCCAGCUCUCUGGGAAGCUGUCCUUUAUAUGCUUACUACUAUCGAGGACUGUUGGACUCAUGUAAAUGCAAAGAAAAGUGUGUUUCCCAAGCUGUCAGUUGUAGUUCGUGAAGGUGUUCAGGGCCUGGCCACUGUUAUAUAUCCUUACGUUCUGCCAUUUAUCAGCAAACUCCCUCAGUCCAUUACAGAUCCAAAGUUGGACUUCAAAAAUUUCCUCACCUCUCUAGUUACGGGGCUGUCAACAGAGAGAAUCAAAGCCAGCUUUUCAGAGUGCUCAGCUGUAGUAGCUGCUUUUUUUGAGUGCCUGCAUUUUAUAACGCCGCAGAACUUAGGUGAGGAAGAGAUGAAACAGAUGCUCGUCAACGAUCAGUUGAUCCCUUUUGUCGAUGCAGUUCUCAAAGAGCCAAGAUUGCAAAACGGGCAGCUAUUUCACCAUUUAGCCGAAACUUUAAGUUCCUGGGAAAGCAAGGCAGAUAUGGAAAGUGAUAAAAUGGCUCACAACUUGGGGAAAGUGCUGUUAAAUUUCUGGGAGAGACUGUCAGAGGUCUGCAUAGAGAAAAUUAAUGAGCCAAAAGCUGCUGAUAAGUUUGUUCUGGGUGUAUCUAACCUGUUACAGGUUCUCCAGAAGCUGAAGAGUACAUUGAAGUCCAACAAGAAAAACGUUGGUAAGGUUAGAUUUGCUGAUGAGAUCUCUGAAAGUGAUAAAAAGAAUGAAAAAGGUGUAUCUUCAGAAGGAGAGAACAGCGAAGGCUCUGAAUUAGUUACCGAACCUCUCACUCAGGAUCUUUCAGACCUCGUAUCUCCUCUAAGGAAAAAACCUUUGGAAGACUUAGUCUGCAAACUAGCAAAGAUGAGCAUUAAUUACUUCACUGAACAAACAUCAGAGCAACACCUAAAGUUUCUUUCCACUCUGCUCAGCACCUUCUCUUCCAGCCAGGUGUUUAAAGUGCUACUAGAUGAUGAGAAAGAGAGUAUCGGCAAAGGUAAAGCUAAUAAACUUGCACAGGAAAAUCCUGCUGUGCAGUUUUUAUACCGGAAGCUACUCGGUUGGCUAAAUGAAGAUCAGAAGCAGGAUGCUGGUUUCCUCAUGGACAUUUUAUACAGUGUCCUCUGCUGCUGUGACAGUAAUAUGGAAAGGAAAGAUGUCUUGGUUGAUUUAACUGAGGUGGAGCUGAAAUGGGAUUCUCUUCUUCAGGUUAUUGAAAAGGCAUGUUCUAGUUCAGAUAAACAUGCUUUAGUAAGUCUUUGGCUAAAAGGAGAUAUCCUUGGAGAGAAACUGGUAAACUUUGCAGAUCACCUGUGUAAUAUGGGCUUGGAAUCCACAGUAUCUUCAGAAUCUUACUUCUCAGAAAGAUGGACCUUUCUAAGCUUGGUAUUAUCCCAGCAUAUCGAAAAUGAUUACUUGAUUGGAGAAGUAUAUGUUGAAAGAAUUAUUGUUAAACUUCAUGAAACUUUAUCCAAAACAAAGACACUGUCAGAAGCUGAAAAUAGCCGCUCACCAGUGUCUCAUGUCUGUGAUGUGGCCUAUAAUUACUUCAGCUCAGCGAAAGGACGUUUGCUUAUGCCGUCGUCUGAGGAUUUGUUAUUAACUCUCUUUCAGUUGUGUGCUCAGAGCAAAGAAAGAACACAUUUACCAGAUUCUCUUAUCUGUAAACUGAAAAACACCUGGCUGUCUGGUGUAAAUUUCUUGGUCCAUCAAGUUGACAAUACAUAUAAACAGAGUUCCUUCCUACAUCUGUCUGCUGUUUGGCUCAAGAACCAAGUUCAGUCUUCGUCUUUGGAUGUCGGAAGUCUCCAGGUCCUCUUGUCUGCUGUUGAUGAUUUCCUGAAUAAGCUGCUCGAGAGUAAAGAUGCUGACCUUCUGGGGGUUUGUAUUGGAAGUGUUAUGCCAAAUGACAGUGAAUGGGGGCAGAUGAGACAGUCCCUUCCUAUGCAGUGGUUGCACAGGCCUAUUUUAGAAGGAAGAUUGAGUUUGAAUCAUGAGUGUUUCCAAACAGAAUAUAAGGAAGAAGAUAUAAAGACCGUUCCCAGCCAUUUGUGUACUUGAGCUUUACUGAGCAAAAUGAUGUUAGUUGCACUGAAAAAGGAAGUAGUCCUAGAAAACAAUGAGCUUGUGAAAAUAAUUGCAGAGCUGCUUUAUUCCCUGCAGUGGUGUGAAGAACUAGACAAGCCGCCUGCUUUUCUGACCGAGUUCUGUGAAACGCUUCAGAGAAUGAAUGUCAUGUGUGAUAACUUGUGUGCACUUGGUGAUACUUCUGGCUUUCUGAGACUGAUAUUUAGCAGAUCCGAAGCAAAUGGCACCCUUUGGUCUCUUUUCAUCAUUAAGUUGGUCUUCUCUUGAAGCAUUACAUCUGAGGACGUAAAACUUCAUUAUAGGAAUUCAGAAGACAGUUUUUUUCCACUAACAGAAGGUAAUUUGCAUACCAUUCAGAGUCUCUGUCCAUUUUUGUUAAAAGAAGAAAAGAAAAAAUUAAUUGCUGAAUGUAUACCUGUACUUUUGGCCCGGCCUAAGGAUGAUCUGUACUAUAUUGAUGAAAGCAAAGAUCCGUCUGAAACAUCCUUUCAGAAUGCACUGCUGAAGCCCAUGUGUGAGACAUUAACAUAUAUCUCAAAGGAUCAGCUGUUGAGUCAUAAACUCCCUGGGAGAUCUGUUGCCAGCCAGAAAAGAAACUUCCCGGAACAUCUCCAGACUUCGCUAGAUACGUUGGCCCUACUGCUCCUCUUCUGAGCAAGACCUGUGCAAAUCAUUGCAUAUUACAUGCUCUACAAAUUGAUGCCUGAAUUACCACAGUAUGGUCAGGAUAAUCUGAAGUCGUACAGAGACGAGGAAGAAGAGCCAGCCCUGUCACCGCUGGCAGUGCUGAUGUCUCUUCUUAGUACUCAAGAGGACUUACUAGAGAAUGUUUUGGGGUGUAUUUCCGUUGGACCGAUAGUAACCAUUAAGCCACUGAGUGAGGACUUCUGUUACGUUCUGGGAUACCUCCUCACGGGGAAAUUAAUGCUUACUUUCUUCAAAGCUGCUUCAUCUCAGCUUCGGGCUCUAUAUUCGAUGUACCUUCGGGAAACAAAGAGUUUGAAUAAACUGCUCUAUCACCUGUUCAGGCUGAUGCCAGAAAAUCCAGCGUCUGGAGAGUCCGUUCUCGAGUUCUCAAAUAAGGACCCUAAGACAUUCUUUACUGAGGAGCUCCGUUUGAGUAUUAGAGAAACAGCAACUCUUCCAUACCAGAUUCCACACUUGGCUUGUUCAGUCUAUCAUAUGACUUUAAAAGACUUGCCCGCUGUGGUUAGGCUGUGGUGGAAUAGCAGUGAGAAGCGUAUUUUCAAUAUUGUAGAUAGAUUCACAAGCAAAUAUGUCAGCAACGUGCUUUCUUUUCAAGAAAUAUCUUCUGUGCAAACAAGUACGCAGCUGUUUAAUGGCAUGAUGGUUAAAGCUCGAGCUACCACUCGUGAAGUAAUGGCUACUUAUACUAUUGAGGACAUAGUCAUUGAACCACAGCUGCCUUCCGAUUACCCUCUGGGUUCCAUAACGGUGCAAAGUGGGAACAGAGUGGGUGCUGUGCAGCAGUGGCGGAACUGGAUGCUGCAGUUAAGCGCUUACCUCACCCAUCAGAAUGGAAGUAUUAUGGAAGGCUUAGCGUUAUGGAAAAAUAAUGUCGAUAAACAUUUUGAGGGUGUUGAAGACUGCAUGAUCUGUUUCUCAGUCACUCAUGAUUUCAACUAUUCUCUUCCAAAAAAAGCCUGUAGAACCUGCAAGAAAAAGUUCCAUUCAGCCUGUUUGUACAAAUGGUUUACGUCGAGCAACAAAUCCACUUGUCCGCUCUGUCCUGAGACCUUUUUCUGAGGUACUUUUAUCACUGGCAGUGAUCCC